CUGUGCCAUGCUACGAUGCAGAUGUUCUCUGCUGAAGAAUUACUUUCAUUUCUGACUCGUUUUAGGAAACAAGGCAGUCUGUCAGAGGUGUUUCUUCCUUUCCAGACCCUGCCGAGGGUUCGUUUUCUCCUGGGAUUUCUAACCACGUGUGGGCAGCGCUUCUUUUACCCAGAUGUGAGGAACAGGAGGAACGAACAGUCCUUUUCUAAAGGAGCCCUGACUUCCCCGUCGAACCCUGUGUGGAGGCCCCGAAUUAGCUUGUGCUCUUAUUCAUGUGACGUUCCCGCCUCCAAAAGGCCUUUUCUGAGAACUCAGACUCCCCCAUCCGGUCUGGUGUUGGACAACUUCGGUCAGAUGGUUGGCUCCAGCUUUGGAACUCAGGAAAGCCAGCUUGACUUCCGAUCCCCGGAGUUUGAAGAAUUUAACGGGAAACCCAACUCACUCUAUUUUAAUGACGGCCAGCGAAGAAUCGACUUUGUUCUAGUGUAUGAAGAUGAGAGUAGAAAAGAGAACAAUAAAAAGGGUUCAAAUGAAAAACAAAGGAGAAAGAGACGAGCGUAUGAAUCUAACCUCAUCCAUGAUGGCCUGCACCUAGAAGCAACCAGAUCGGUCUUGGAUGACAGGCUGGUGUUUGUGAAGAUCCAUGCCCCGUGGGAGGUGUUGUGUACAUAUGCGGAGUUGAUGCACAUCAAACUGCCUCUGAAACCCAAUGAUCUGAAGACCCGCUCUUCGGCCUUCGAUAACUUCAACUGGCUUGGCAAAGUCCUCCAGGUGGAUGAGAGCAUCAUCAAGCCAGAGCAGGAGUUUUUCACUGCCCCCUUCGAGAGGAGCCGGAUGGAUGAUUUUUAUAUUCGUGACAAAGAGACCUUCUUUACCCCCGCCACCAGAAGCCGCAUUGUUUACUUCAUUCUCUCUCGAAUCAAGUAUCAAGUAAGCGACAACGUUAAAAAGUUUGGAAUUAACAAACUUGUGAGCUCCGGGAUCUACAAGGCAGCAUUCCCUCUCCACGAUUGCAACUUCAGCUGCCCGUCCGAGGACUUCACCUGCCCCAACGAGCGGUACCUCCUGUACAGGGAGUGGGCGCAUCCUCGGAGCAUCUACAAAAAGCAGCCCUUGGACCUUAUCAGGAAAUAUUAUGGAGAGAAGAUCGGAAUCUACUUUGCGUGGCUGGGCUAUUACACUCAGAUGCUCUUCCUGGCAGCAAUAGUGGGCGUGGCUUGCUUUCUCUACGGAUAUCUGAAUCGAAAUAACUGCACGUGGAGCAAAGAAGUCUGUGAUCCUAAUAUUGGCGGCAACAUCAUAAUGUGUCCUCAGUGUGAUAAGCUUUGUCCAUUCUGGAAGCUCAAUAUUACUUGCGAGUCCUCACAGAAAUUGUGCAUCUUUGACAGUUUUGGAACCCUAGUCUUUGCAGUAUUUAUGGGGGUCUGGGUUACCUUGUUUUUGGAGUUCUGGAAGCGGCGCCAGGCAGAGCUUGAGUACGAAUGGGACACGGUUGAGUUACAGCAGGAAGAACAGCCCCGGCCGGAAUAUGAGGCCCGGUGUACUCACGUGGUGAUAAAUGAGAUCACUCAGGAAGAAGAGCGGGUUCCCUUCACUACCUGGGGGAAAUGCAUACGUGCUGUCGUCUGCGCAAGUGCUGUCUUAUUCUGGAUCCUAUUGAUCAUCGCUUCAGUCAUUGGGAUCAUCGUCUACAGACUUUCGGUGUUCAUUGUGUUUUCUGCCAAACUUCCCAAGAACCUGAAUGGAACAGACCCAAUCCAGAAGUAUCUGACCCCACAGACAGCCACAUCCAUCACCGCUUCCCUCAUCAGCUUUGUCAUCAUCAUGAUCCUCAACAUGAUCUAUGAAAAAGUGGCAAUCAUGAUUACCAAUUUUGAGCUCCCACGGACCCAGACCGAUUACGAGAACAGCCUCACCAUGAAGAUGUUCUUGUUCCAGUUUGUCAACUACUACUCCUCGUGUUUCUACAUCGCCUUCUUCAAGGGCAAAUUUGUAGGUUAUCCCGGAGACCCAGUGUACUGGCUGGGAAAAUACAGGAAUGAAGAGUGUGACCCAGGUGGCUGUCUCCUUGAACUGACAACGCAGCUGGCAAUCAUCAUGGGAGGAAAGGCAAUCUGGAAUAACAUACAAGAGGUGUUACUUCCCUGGGUCAAGAAUCUAAUUGGUCGAUGCCGCACAGUUUCGGGUUCGGAAAAGGUAACUCCGCGAUGGGAACAGGACUACCAUCUGCAGCUCAUGGGAAGACUGGGACUAUUUUAUGAGUAUCUUGAAAUGAUUAUUCAGUUUGGCUUUGUCACCUUAUUUGUGGCCUCUUUUCCACUGGCCCCUCUGCUGGCUCUGGUGAACAAUAUUUUGGAGAUAAGAGUAGACGCGUGGAAAAUGACUACCCAGUACCGGCGCAUGGUGCCAGAAAAAGCCCAGGACAUCGGAGCGUGGCAGCCCAUCAUGCAAGGAAUCGCAAUUCUGGCUGUGGUGACCAACGCCAUGAUUAUUGCUUUCACGUCAGACAUGAUCCCCCGCCUGGUGUAUUACUGGUCCUUUUCUGUCCCACCCUAUGGGGACCACACCCAAUUCACCAUGGUGGGAUACAUCAACAAUACUCUCUCCAUCUUCAACAUCGCAGACUUCAAAAACAGAAGCAAGGGAAAUCCAUACAUUGGGCUUGGUAACUACACCACGUGCAGGUAUCGUGAUUUCCGGUACCCUCCCGGGCACCCUCAGGAGUAUAAACACAACAUCUACUAUUGGCACGUGAUCGCGGCCAAGCUGGCUUUCAUCAUUGUCAUGGAGGUAAGGGAAGCAGACAGACUUGGAACAUGUCAUCUACUCUGUGAAAUUCUUUCUGUCAUACGCAAUUCCAGAUGUAUCGAAAAGCACGAAGAGCAAGAUCAAGAGAGAAAAAUACCUAACCCAAAAGCUUCUUCAUGAGAAUCACCUCAAAGACAUGACCAAAAACAUGGGGGUCAUAGCUGAGACCAUCAUGGGAGCAGCAGAUAACCAUUUACGACCCAAAUUAGAAUAAGAGCUUUAUGUUCUAAGAAGCACUUUAAAGAAUUUUGCCUUGUCAAAAAAAAAAAAAAAGAAGACUAUGAACCUCUGAUGAAGAUGCUUAAAAAGUGCCCCGUCUGCAGCAGGAUGGACUUGUGUUUCCCUCUGUUUGAUGGUUUUUAGGGAGUGUUUCGCUGCUUCACUUUGCCAGACCUGUGCCAGUCACCUCACAGUGCCAUCCUUGGAGACGAGACACGCCAGCUUCUGUGUGGCUGAAAAUCGCUGACUCGGAGUUCGGCCUGAACGCCGUAUGAAGUGGCAGAUAGACUCAAGGAUUCCCGACAUUUAGGAGAAUGAUCACAGCCCUACAGACAAGGAAACCUCAGUGACCAGGAAGUAGUUUCAGCCUUCCUGGUGGCUAUCUGUCCACCUCACAGGAUGCGCUUCAUGCCCCGGAAGGAAGACAGCGGGGUUCUGCAGGGUGCUUGUGCUAACAACCCACAGCGACGCCUCUUCUCUCCCAGCAGCCGUCCCAGAAUGUUCUGUGCCUAAUCCAUGUUGACUGCUUUGCAGCUCAAAGGGAGUAAGGUGACAACAGUGGGGAAGGUUACAGAUUCAAACAGAAUUUCAUUCCUAUUGAUCAGGAUAAUUAAUUUACCUUUCCUAAAGAUGUAUAGUUUCUUGAAGGGAAUGGGGAGGGGAAAGAAUCAGGAAUUAAAAUUACCUCUUCGAAAGAUGUGUAGUUUCUUGUAAAAAAAAAAAAAAAAACACACACAAAGGAAUCAAGGAAUUAAAAUUACAUUUCUGUCAACGUCAUGGUCUGGAAAUGAUAAGCCCAUCAAUUUCCCAAAGAUGCCCUUUAUUCACGAGCCACGGGGCGCGCAGUGUUACAGAUCACAAGUGCCAUCCCGAAUGGCCCCCUGCAUGGCCACUGUGGUGUGAUGAUGCCGAGCGUGGUUCCCAGAACACCAAGUGCCCCGACGGUGAGCCACCGUGUCCCUGUGUGGGCAGCACCUUUCAGAAAGGAUCCCGCGUGUCCACGGGAUCAGCAUACCGAAGCCUCUGCCCUCGGUUGCUCCCUGCACCCUCCAUCCUCCUGCCCCCAACUCAGUAACUUGUGUGUCAUUGCAUGUUUGUACCAGGAUGGGGGCAUUUGUGGGGGGCGGGGGAGGAAGACGGGAGUAAGCCCAGGUUAUUCCCAACCCAGAAAGGGUCUGUCUGGGUUUGGUUUGUACCUCCAGCCUCCUUAAGGCCAGUCGGGCAUGUAGGUUCAUUCACAAGCCCUGCCCUCCGCUGGCUGGCUGUCCCUCCCUGCUGAAUGCCCGCCCCGCGCCCAUCUUGCCCAUGAUGUGUGCAGCCAAACGGUCUUUACGGCGCUUUCCUGCCUCCCAGGUGCUAGGCCCUCUGGGGAACUCGGGAAGAGACAGAGCCCACACUCCUCGCUAUGGACUGGUAACGGGAGCGAUGAGUGCGGGAGAAGGCGGCCAGCACCGGGUCCUCGCUAGAUGGGCCGCCACCCACCGGGGUGCUGCCAAACGCCCAGGUGCCACGGGAGCCAAGCCGCUUGGAAUCCCAGCAGCAAAGGAAAAGGAACCACGUUUCAGUGUUUAGAGGCUUGGUACCAGAGGGGAGUUGAACUCCAGGUCACCAUUCUAAAUACCUGCCAUGCAUGUU